AUGUCUUUAAGAGAACAUAUUCAUUAUCUAUCAAUGAAUGAAGUUGAAAUAGAAGUUAAAAAAAUUACAAGAAAUAAUAAUAAACAAGUUAAAGAAAAACAUAUUAGAUAUUUAUAUGACCAGUUAAAUAAGCAAUUUUUAAUAGACUAUAAAGAUGCACAAGAAGCAUUAAUUAAAAGGUUUCAGCAGAAAUUCACAAGAAAACAAUAUUCUCAUUUUCUUUAUUUUAUUUUUAGAUGUAUUGGAACACCAGUAAAACUUAAAUGUUUUGAAAUAUUUUUAAAUUAUGAACAUCCAUUUGAGUUAAAACAUACCCAAAUAGAACAAGACCAGUGUAGUGGUGUUAAUCAACUUGUUGCUAUUUUUCUUGAUUUAGAAGUACUUAUACAACAACAAAAUCAUCAAUCUAUUAUGACAGUUGAACUUGGACCCAAAGAACUUGUAUGUUCAUUUUCUAAACUUUGGGCAGUUCAUUAUGCUGAUAAUUUAUUAAUAUUUUUAAAUACAGCAACAUCAUUUAAUUUUGAUGUAACUGAUUAUUAUGAAUCUCAGUGUAUUAUAGAUCUUCUUGUAUUAUUAAUGAAGUCAAUUACAAUAUCAUAUGUUCGUUGUUUAGAAAUAUCAUACACAUUCUUUAUAAGUUUCUUUCUUAUUCCUGACAAUGAAAUUUAUAAAAAGUAUUUAUAUUUUAUUGAAAAAUUAAUUACAAUAACACCUAAAAUAUCCCAAUUCUUUAAUAAUACUAUAAUAAAUCAAUAUUUUACUGAUCUUCCUCAAAUUCAUUCUUUACCUCUUGAACAAUUGUUUGAAUGGGUAAAACGUAGAUUUGAUUAUGGGCUAUAUAUUAGUGGAGAAAUUAAAACUCCAAUAAAAAAUGUUACAAUGGAAGAUUAUUAUAAAUCUAUUGAACCUCUUUCUUUUCAAAUUAAUGAAGAAAUUAAUUUCUUAAAACCUUUUACUUUAUUACCUACAUCUAGAGUAUCGAGUGAAAUAACAACUCCAAAAAAAGGUUUCUUUGGUUCAAGAAGUAAUAGUAGAACUCGUGAAAAUAGUAGUUUAUCAUCUUCUCCUCAACAUUCUUCUCCAUUGAAAGUAUUAAAAAAAGAAAGAAAAGGAUUAAUGCAAACAUCAAGUAUAAAAGAGUCUUCUAGUUUUAAUUAUUGA